GCGGGGAGGUGUCUGCGCCCCGGGACCAGCUCCCGCUCGGGGUGGGGGGACGGAUGCGGGCCGCUCCGAGACUGCGGGCGCUCCAGCGACACCUGGGCUCCUCGGAGGGCAGAGGUAUGGAGCCGAGCAGCAGCCCACUGACCACGCACGUACUGGACACCACCUCAGGGCUUCCGGCCCAGGGCCUCUGCCUCUGUCUGUCCAGGCUUGAGGACCAGGGCCAGCACUGGACCGACCUGAGGAAAAGCUACACCAACUCGGACGGCCGCUGCCCGGGGCUCCUGCCGCCAGGCCCGAUGAAAGCAGGCACCUACAAGCUGUCCUUUGACACCGAGGGCUACUGGAAGGAGAGGGGCCAGGAGAGCUUCUACCCGUACGUGGAGGUGGUUUUCAGCAUCACCAACGAGACCCACAGAUUCCACGUGCCCCUGCUGCUGAGCCCAUGGUCCUACACCACGUAUCGGGGGAGCUAG